AGAAUAGAGAGACAGAAGAAGAAUUUGGGCUCUUAUGACUGCGUGUAGUUGCGUUCCUUCUUUUUCUCUAUUGAGCACUCGCACUUUGGGACUCACUGCUUCGUACUAUUCUUCUUUCUCUUUCCCCUCUUACCGGAAAAUAAGCUGCAUGGACGCCGCCGGCUUAGAUUCCGAUGGCCGUGAAUUCAAAACCCCCGAUGACAUGUGGAGGGAACAGGCGGGUGACCCUAGCAAGAAGACCCAGUGGUAUCGCGACGGCGUCUCCUACUGGGAGGGUGUUAAGGCAAAUAUGGAUGGGGUAUUGGGAGGGUUUGCAAAUGUGAACGAGCCUGACAUAACUUGCAGUGAGGAUUUCUUGAACAUUCUCUUCUCUGAACGUUUUCAUGCUGCUGAUGCCAGACACCAACCACUUGUUGUUCUUGAUUGUGGUUCUGGCAUUGGCAGAGUCACCAAAAAUCUGUUAAUAAGAUACUUCAAUGAGGUUGAUCUUCUGGAGCCAGUAUCACAUUUCUUAGAGACUGCACGUGAAACUUUGGCUCUAGGAUGUCAGACAAAUUCAGAUAUGCACAAAGCAGUUAAUUUUUACUGUGUUCCUCUUCAGGAUUUUACACCAGAUACUGCAAGAUAUGAUGUAAUAUGGAUUCAAUGGUGCAUUGGUCAUCUUACAGAUGAAGAUUUUGUUUCAUUUUUCAAGAGAGCCAAGGUUGGCCUCAAACCAGGUGGAUUUUUUGUCCUGAAGGAGAAUAUUGCCAGAUCUGGAUUUGUGCUUGAUAAUGAAGACCGAAGUGUUACAAGAUCUGAUUUGUACUUCAAAGAGCUAUUUUCUCGAUGUGGAUUGCAUGUUUACAAAUCAAAGGAUCAGAAAGGAUUCCCUGAAGAAUUAUUUGCUGUGAAGAUGUAUGCAUUAACUACAGACCCUCCAAAGAAGGCUCCCCGAGCAAAAUCCAAAACAUCAACUAAUAGACCUAGAACUAUUAUGUGAUAAGGUUUUCAAUUGGUCUUGAAUAUUCUUCGUAAACCAUUUUUUGUUUCCAAUUGGGAGAUCCAUGUUGUAUAGUAGAUAUUGAUUUGUUUGAGUAAUUAGCCAUUAAUCAGCUUGUAUGUGAAAUGCAAUUUUCCGUUAUCUCAGCCUACCCAAAGAUUUAUCCAAAGGUGAAUUUUGAGUUGUUUUACCACCAUUUUGAUGGGACUUAUUGAUGAAUCCUAUUCGUGUAACAUUUCUACUAGUACUUAAAGAUAUUUCUUUUCUCUC